UGUUUGCACAACACCUACAGUAUAAAUAAGCUUAGAAACUAACUGAUGUUCAGCUUUUGAGCCUGAUAGCAGCAGAUACUUUUCUUCUCUGUUAAAAGCAGUAAUGAGUAAAGGAAUAUUGGUUGGAGGUUGGGAAGACCCCAGGCCCGCUGAUGGGGAAAUUUCUAUGCUUUCUAGUUGGAUGUGGAACAUUUCAGAGGCAACAACCAACAGAAAGUUUAAUGAAUUCAAAGCAGUUGAAUACCGGACACAAGUUGUGGCAGGUGUAAACUAUGUCAUCAAGGUUCAGGUGGGAGAAAACAAUUUCAUCCACCUGCAGAUCUUCCGAAGCCCUCUGAUGGGGAACACAAUUGAAAUCAAAUUUGAGGGAGCACAGGACGGCUACAAACGAGAUGAUCCUCUCGAACCGUUCACGCCCUUCGUCUAAAGUGAAAACACUACCUGAUCCAGCUUCCUUCAGACGGCUGCUUCAAAGAAAAAUGUCUUUGCAUUGUUAUAAGCGAGAUUACUACAACAAUACUUGGUUAUUACAGGACGAGUCAAAUGUCUGUAUCAUUUGGGGAUGUCAAAUCAAUCAAUCAAUCAAUCAAUCAAUCAAAUUUUAUUUUUAUAGCACAUUUCAGCA